GAGGAGCGGGCGGCCGGGCGCGGCCAGUUCGGGGGGGCUCGUCCGUGUUUCGGCGUGAGUCAGGCACGUCGGUGGGGUGAUGCUGCGGCGCGGCCCAGGGGCCGGCGGAGCGGCGGGAGGCGGCGCGACGCCGCCCGCCCGCGGGGGCUGGUGCUCGCAGCCUCGGCCGCGCCGCCGCUGAGCGCAGCGCUGCUUCCUCCUUCCCUGCGCGGCCGAGGCCGGCGCCAUGGCUGGGGGCGCCGGGCCUGCCUCCGCCCCGCCGCGCCGCGCUCCCUGACGGACGGCGCGGAGCCCGCCCCCGCCGGCCGAGCUGCCCGGGGGUCUCGGCCCGGCCUCGGAAGGAAGCGCGGGCCCGGCCGCGCCCCGUGCUGAGGUGCCGCUUCGCCGGGGAGGAAGGGGCGCGCAGGGGCCGGCCUUGCGUUUCAUGUUUCCUCAGCCCGACGGCAUUUUGGCGUUGAUUCCGUCUUGCUCCAACCUGUUCCUGGACGGCGGCGGGGAGGAGGGGAGGCAGCGUCCCACCAUGUCUCGCUACAGCCUCCAUAACCUCCUGGACUGGAUGUACGGGGGGGUGGACCCCAGUUUUGCUGGCAACGGGGGGCCGGAGUGCGCGGCCUUCCUCUCCGGGCAGCAGCGCUUUGUGGAGAGUUUGGUCUUCCUCAGCCUGGGCGUCGCGGAGAUCCUGCUGUCCCUGUGGAAGCUGCGGCAGCUGCAUUCCAGGGAGCUGGAGGGCCACCUGCUGCAGCAGUGCCAGGCCAAGGAGGAGAGCUGGGGCAAGAACGUGCUGCUGGUAGUGCUCUGCCUCAUCUUUGGGCUGGAGGUGGGCUUCAAGUUCGCCACCAGGACGGUCAUUUACCUCCUGAAUCCUUGCCACGUGGUCACCAUGAUGCAGAUUUUUCUUCUCGCUUGUCCUCCAUGUCGGAUUGCAAUGAUUCUCUUCAGGUUGCAGAUGCAUAUGCUGAAUGGGGCCCUCUUGGCAUUGCUAUUUCCUGUUGUUAACACACGCCUGCUUCCAUUUGAAAUGGAAAUUUAUUACAUCCAGCAUGUGAUGCUUUACGUUGUGCCCAUCUAUCUGCUGCGGAAAGGAGGUAUCUACACCCCAGAACCACUCUGCAAUUUCUGGUGGGCUCUUUUAUCCACAGGGUUUAUGUUUGUGUAUCAUUUUAGCAUCUUGCAGAUUCUCGGAUUGGUUACAGAAGUGAAUUUGAACAACAUGUUGUGCCCAGCCGUCUCAGAUCCUUUUUAUGGGCCCUGGUAUCGAAUCUGGGCAUCUGGACAUCAGACUGUCAUGACCAUGACUCACGGGAAGCUUGUAAUCCUGCUGUUUUACAGUGCUGUCCCCAUCUUUAAAUGUAGCGUGGACUUCCUUAGGCUCCCAACUAAGAAAAUAGACUGAAAUCUCUCCCCAUGGAGCAGUGCAUACAGGGGGCAGAUACUUAUACUGGAAAACAAAGAGGAGGGAUGAGAGGACAGUUGUGUUUAUACUUCUCCCCAUGGUUUAUUGCCUCAAAAACACCUCUGUAAUGAAGUGAGCGUUUUUUAACUGCUGUUUCUCACUGCCUAUUGCCAAUGGCAAAAUUAGUGGCCUUAUUCUGGAAAAGGUUCGUGUUUUAUACAUUUUGUGUAGAUUACAGUAGAAUCUUGCUAAGCCACCAUUUAAAAUUAGGCCAGGAUCUGUCCACAUUCCAGCAAAGAGAGUGGCAGUGCUACCUCGUUUUGACUGAUUUUUCAUUAGAUACAAGGACACUUACAUCAUAGGACAGGAAAUAAAGCUGCAUUACAACUCUCCAUUGAUGUGAGCGGAACACGUGUUGAAGUGCAUCAUCCUGGCUUAACUCUUAGCACUGGAAUGUUGCAAAAUGGUCACAGUGAAACGAUGUACACUUCAUCUCCCAGUUCUAAGUGCAAAACAGUGAGGUUCUACUGUAUUUUCUUUAAGCUGGUUGAAAAUGUUGGGGAACAAUCUCUCAUUCAAAAAAAAAUUUUGUUUGUUUUUUCUUCCAUCGACUACUUAAUUUCUAAGCUGCUGUGGAUGAAUUAUCUAUCUGGCUAAGUCUCAUCAGAUCUUGAUGCUUUGGAGAUGCUUUUAUUUGAGUGAGUGGAAAAACACCAUGUUGAAAUAAUUUCAAAAAACCAUAUUAUGUGUAAGCUAUAUUUCAUCCGCUGUUCUGACCAGACUGAACAAAACUUUUUUUCCUUUAGCUUAGGUUGGAGAGGGAGUGGAGAUACAAAGUCCAAUGUAAACAUGAGUUUUCUUAUUUUGACUUCCUAGCUUUUGAAACAUUCCUUCUCUGUGUUCUACACUGAUCCUCACUCACUAGAGUGGUUAGUGAAGAAAACCACCAUGAAACUAUGUUCUCUCGCUGCAGCUGGAAUACAUUCUGGAUACUGAUUUUAAAAUACAGAUAUAAAAAGGAACAUGAAAUCAGUGCAGGCCUCUACUGAAAAGCAAGUGUUCCAGUUUACUAGUAUGACUAAAUCUUCCUGUCAACAUAUCUUUUGGAAAACAGGAUGUAGGUAGGCAGAAUGAUAAAGAGUAAACUGUGUGUACCUGUUCAAAUUUUCCAAGGCUAGAGGAGCAGCUGUUGGACAGAAAGAUGGGAAACCUUGAGUAUGUUGCUCCAGAUAGUUAAUUGUGAAUCUGUUACGCAGACUGUUGUGUUUCAGGGCUGCAGGAAUUUUGUUGUACAGAAGUUUGUUGCAAUUUAUAGAUUCAUUGUGUUGUCAAAGCUGUGACUUGUAAGAUAAACCAAAAACGAUCAUACCUCCUCCAGCUGGAUCACCUGAAGAUACAAUCACCUGAAGUUAAGGUACAGUCAUUUAUACCUCAAGAAGGAAAAGUAAGAGUGAGAAGUGGUUGAUUUUCUCCUUAAAAAAGAAAAAUUUUCAUUCGAGAGGGAAUAAAUGGCUACUUCAAAUACUUUUACUCUGUAAGUUUAAAAAAAAAAAAAAAGUACAACUCAGUAGGAAAUAUCUUGUCCCAAUCUUUAAUUUACAAACUGGUUUCUGGCUUUCUACCAUUCCUUGCUGUGUAUAUAUAUACAUAAUAAAUACACUGUACUCUUGCGACUCGUUAACAUGCAACAUAUACCUAAACUAUCCAUCAAAUGCAUAUAGCUAGUCUUAGUUAGACAGACUAGAUGUCUCCAUUUGUUUUUUAAUCAAGUUCAACUUGAGGAAGCUAAGCACCUGAUAAUAAGUACUACCAGCAUACAGAGUUAAUUGUCAAUUGUUGAUCCUGCAAAUGUCUAAGUAUAUAAUGAAUUUUAUGGAGUAGUUUCACUGCUGCCUCAGUAAAGCCAGGCAUAUGUUACUUCAGUAUUUAUGGAGUGGGGCCUAAAGAAAGAGUGUUUGGUAUUGAAGGCCUGAAUCAGUCUGUGAAAUAUCACUUAAUUAGCUGCUGAAGUGAUCAAAGUUCUUGCGAUUCAUUUCAGCAGAUUCAGUAUUUCAUGAUGAAAGGGAGGAUGUUGCUGGGAGAUGCUAAGAUGCAUGGUGCUGGAUGGUAAAGCGUGCCCCCUGUUAAUAGAUUUCACCUCCUAUAAAUAGCUGAAUCAAAUAUACAGUGAUUCUUCCUUCCCCAUAGUUACUGUCAAGUGUAUCAUGGUUUGUUUAUUUACUUGAGAAUUUGGCAAAAUGCCUUAUGGUGGAUUCAGUCCUGUUCAGGUGGAAUGUUUGCUAUUGCAAUAGAAUGACUUUAGCCAAAUUUGGCAAGUGUUAUUUAGCAUUGUUAUGUGCUUAACUUUACUUAUGGGGGUUUUGGUUGUGGGUUUUUUUAUGUUUUUAAGAAUCUUUCCUGUUUAUUUUUCCUUCAGAAUACCGUAGCUACUGGAAGAAUUUCCGUGUUAGAUGAAAGUAGCAGUUUUUUGGGUUUUUUUUUGUUUAACUACAGCAUUUCCUAUCUAUAGUCACCUGCUUUGGGGCAUUCUAAAUGAGUAUAAAACAGCUGCUAUCUACCACCAUUGACUGUCUCUGGUCAAUUAAGACUGCAGAAGCAUUUAAAUAAGCCCAGGUGUCUCACUCAGUGCAGGCUUUUUGCUUGGAAUGCAAAAUUUGUGAGCUCUUCUGACCUGACUUCAAACUCAGUAGCAGGAAUGGUGAUGUUAAAUACAGCUAACAGGAGGGAAAUCCCGGGGGCAGUUUGGAUGAAAGGAUUCUUGGUGGAGCUGCACCACUUGUACCAUUGACUUUGGUAGCAGAGCCACUGUAAGUGAUUGCUCUUGCCUCCCCUCCCACCCUGAAUCAUAGAUGUCUGUUUCUGUCAUGGUGCUGUGACUCGUGCUUUUCUCUGUUAUGCUGGUCCAGUUGUUUUAAGUCAUGCUAUGAAUUCAGGCAUAAUUUCCCAAUGUGGAAUAUGCUGACAGAACUGCUCACAAAAGCCAACAGGACACCCACGGUUCCCUUCCAAACCUCACCUGGGCGGGUUCUGGAGGUUGUUGAACUCCUCUGUACCAAUUUAAGUCACUAAAAUGGCUAACUGAACAAGGUAAUUCAGCAAAGCAGGAGAGAGGUAAACCAACUACCACACUCAAUAAGGAUUUUGGAAGUAUUGGAGCUGCUGUAAAGAGUCGACUGGUACAACUGGGGUCAGGUGGGAGGGAAGGCAGUAGGACCUUCACCUCUUUUUUUGACAGUAAGCUGUUGCUUCUUUGCUUGUUGUACAGUAUCAAUGAAGCUGGCUGAAUUAGAACAGAAUCAUUUAGGUUGGAAAAGACCCUUAAGAUCAAGUCCAACCAUUAACCCAGCACUGCCAAGGCCACCACUAAACCCUGUCACUAAGUGCCACAUCUACAUGGCUUUUAAACACCUCCAGGGAACGUGACUCCACCACUUCCCUAGGUAUUCUGUUCCAGUCCUGGACAACCCUUUUGGUGAAGAAUUUUUUCCUAAUACCCAACCUAAACCUCCCCUGGUGCAACUUGAAGUUGUUUCUUCUUGUCCUGUUGGUUGUUCCUUGGGAGAAGAGACCACCCCCCACCCUACACCCCACCCCCCUUUCAGGUAGUUGUAGAGAACAAAAGGGUCUCCCCUGAGCAUCCUUUUCUCCAGGCUGAACACCCCCAAUUCGCUCAGUCACUCCUCAUAAGCCUUGGGCUCCAGCCCCUGCCCCAGCUCCGCUGCUGUUCUCUGGAUGCACUCUGGCCACCUCGGUGUCUUUCUUGUAGUGAGGGGCCCAAAAGUUAAAUUAUUCCCUCUCCCCUUGCCUGUUUGUGAAGACUCUUUAAACUUAGUAUUUCAUUUUGGUUUAUGGUGUGGUGCCACAAGAAACUAACAGCGUAGCUGAGAGACAGGCUUCACAGGAGGUGAAGGUCAGGGUGGGAGCAGAAAGGGAACGAACUUGUGAAGGUGGUGUCGUGGAUCUUUGCAUCUUUUAUUCCUCAGCUGUCUCUGGUAUCUGUUCGGAACGUGCAUCAGAUACACCGACUUUGUUCAGCAUGCAGGAUAUUGGUUUGAAUGGGAAAGCAGAAUACUUAAUCUCCAUUGGGGUUAUUUAUUCUCUUCCCUGGCAGAGGCUGAUUUUCUUUUCCCUGAAUGGUUUAUUUUAUAGGCAGUUAUGCUAUCGAGAUGACUUCUUUGGUUGCUUUUAUGCUUAUUUAUGCUGGAAAUUAAAGAGCAAAACUAUACUGCUAUUCUUGAAUCCUAACAGGCAUUCUCCCCUGUGGUAUUAUGCACACAAUCUAGGUCAAGAGAGCUUGAAGCUGUUGCCCAGCACCUGGUGAUGAGAUUUGACAUUGCAGCAGUGCAGCGCACCAUUGAAAGGGUAGUCCUGGCCUCCCCUGGGCAAAUGGUCCUACAUCUUUUGUCACAGUACUAACAGUAAUGGGAGCAGCAGCAGCAGCUACGGGGCAGAGCAGGGGGUGGGCCAGAGAGCGGACAGGCUGUUCCUUUCAGCAGUAGCUUAAGCUGACUGUAAACUCUCGCCCUGAUGGGGAGUGAUGUGCUGCCCACCAGCGAGUCAGGCACAAUACCAAAAAAAAAUUCUUGUGCAGCGCCAAUGCCCAGACUUCACAGACACUGGUAUGUAGUAAGGGGUCUGAGCAGAGCACUCUGCUCUCCUAAUUUUUAAUAUUGUAGGUGCUUCAAACAAAAGAACCAAGGAGAAUGACAUUGAUUACUCUUUCUGCCAGUGAAUGACUGUCUAAAUUUGCCUGCAAAUGUACGCAUAAAUGAAGCAUUAGUAACCACAAUAAACUUGUUUCCUCAUCAGUUUGUUUAUGCAGCUUUAGAGUAAGUAGCCCUCCAAAGCAGAAAAGUGAGCUAGUAAAAUUCCUGCACCCACCGUAACAUCUGGCAACACAGCCUGUGCGUAUUGAGAAUAUUGUGCCAAGGAUUUAGCUGUCCAGGAUACAUGCAGUGCUAUUUUUCAAGGAUGCGGUGUUUGAGCUGUAUCUAUGUGUUCUAACUUCCUUCUAUUUAAGCACCAAAGAAGAAUUUGCAUCUUGUUUCUUUGGAAGGAUGAAACCUGACAGCUCUUGUACUUGGUUUCGGUUCAGCUUGUUGGGGAUCGACAAAUGCUGCUUAUAAGCAACGCCUACUUGUGCUUAAUCAGGUGCUGAAGUUGGGAGCCAUGGGAAGUCACCCCAUUUGCAUACCUUAAGAUUAUAGAGUACCUCAGUGUAGUUUUAUCCAUCUGUUUCUGGCCACAAUCAGGGUUUUGAUAUUUCUGUAUAUUUGAUAUCAUUUUGUAAAGCCCAACUGUAUUUUUCUUUCAGAAAUGGCUAUUUGCAACUGUUAAAUUACUGUACUUUGAUGUCCUAAGUCUUGCAUCUAAACCAGAGACAUUAAUUUUCUAAGUAGCUAUAGCUAAUGGAAAUACAGACGUGCUGUUUUUUCUCAGUGUUGCAGUUGUUUCACUACAGGCAGAUUCUUAGGAAUUAAAUUAGUCCUAAUAGUUAACAAAGCUCUGAAAAGGCCAAAAACCAGGAAGAGGGCAUAUGCCAGCCCUGUUAGGAAGCUUGAGGUUUCUACAGGCAGACAGGUCAACUUUGAUGUUUUCAUUUUUACAGUGACAAGACUCAUCUUUUGUGAUCUCGUACUCAAAGUGAUAUUGCUGUAAAUCUGUCUUGCAGCUUUUAGUAUAACUUGGUUAAAGCCAGGCUGUUUUUUAAAUGAUUUUAUUUUUCUUCAGGGUCAAUUUUGUACUUUUUUUAAAUUAUUUCUGCAUUUACUGAGUCAUUAUCUCAAUGCUGCAGAGGACACAGCAGGCAGAACAGUGAGCGCACCCGCACGCCUCCUGCUAACCCAACAGGGGUAGGGAGCUGGAGUUGCUCGGGCACUGGUCAGAAGCACCAAAGUGUCUUUGGAAACCUGCAGUUCCAGUGACCCAACCUGCCAGUUCAAGCGUGGCAUUAUCCAGGCACAGAAUGGUAUGGGCAAGGAUGGAGUGGAGAGGCUCAACUGCCACAUAUGCUGUCAGUUCUGAAUAAUUUUUAAGAGUGUUACAAACUUUGUAAACUUUUUAAUGUGCUAAAACUUGGUUAUGAGGUUACAUUUACAAAUAAGGGGUAAUUUGUGUACUUGUUUUUUGUAUUUUGGUCUGAUGUUUCUUCUUUGUGGUUGUGCCCUGAGUCCAGACCACUGGGCUAAUAGUUGUUAAACCUUUGAAUUAAAACAAAUAAAUUCAUUUUAAUGGCUACUGUA